AUGAAUGAAGAGAUCACUGCAGAUGAAAUUUUAAAUGCAAUUAAACAGCUGAAAACUGGUAAAGCUCCUGAAAUAUUAACUUCAGGAAGAGAUGGUCAGCUCCAACCACAAUCAGCAUUGGAAAUCUUACAACAGCAACUGGAAUCAUUUCAAACUCUUCAACAGCAAACUUUAGAGAAUGUAAGCAUGGUUCAAACUGAAAUUCAUGAGAUACUUAAUAAAAAUAUAACUGAUAUGAAAAGUCCAGACAAUUUACUUUUUCCCACCACAUCUAUCAACAUUUCUACGCCAGGAGAAUAUCAAGAAGCUCUUUAUUUUAAGAAGCAGCUUCAUCCUGAUAAGAAAUCUGAUACCAGUCAUGGUUCAGAAAACAAGUUCAGCUCUGAAUUUAAAAACAAGAUUCUAAACAAAUACAAAGUAACUGGAAUAUCAGAAAACCAUACCCAAGAAUCUCGGAACAAAGCUGUUCUCUCUUUAAAUGAUGAUUACAUUAAGAAUUUUGGCAACAGCACUUUUUCUCCAACAUACAUUGGUUUGGGCUCAGAAAAGAUGACACAUCUUAGACUAUUAAAAAAUUACAAUGAACACAAACCCUCUACAGUAUUCCAUAAUUAUGAAGGGAAAGAAUCUUUAUCAGACAAUGUAAGUCCUUUCAAAGAUUUAAAAGAGGAAGAUAAAAAGGCUACUAGACAUGAAUUGUCACAUUUCCUUGAACUUCAGAAUUCUAACAAUGUCUGUGGCAAAGACAAUGAUUCUGGUUAUUUAUCAGAACAGGAUUUAAUAGAAAAAGUAGUAGAUAUGUCAAAUUAUGAUUUUAAAUUGAGGAGGUUUUCAGAACUGGAGGAAAAUUAUCAAAGUACACUGAAAACAGCAUGCAAGGACAAAUAUAAGAAUAAAGAACAUCUCAUGAAAGAUAGUGCAAUCGACAAAUUGCAGAUAAAUCUGUUCUCCAAGAUGCUUAAAAAAAAUGAAACACAACUGCUUAAGUCAAAUCAAGAGUUCCAAAACUAUGUGGAUUUGGAAUUCUCUGAUAUAAAUUCCGUACCUGAUGAUUAUGCUGAAAGCCGUAGACUUUUACACUUGCCCUUGGGAGAGUCUGACCAUGCUCAGAAAAAAGAGAUGGUUCUACACGAAGAUAUGAAGACUCAAAUGAAACCUCUUACUGAUGUUAUGCAGUGUCUGACAGAGCAAAAUUCAAAAUAUCAGAAUCAAAUUAAGGAAUUGCAUGAUGAGAAUAAUAACCUUCAAGAGAAAUUAGUUAAAUCAGAUGGAGACAGCAAGGAAUGCCUGAAAGAACUAAAGCGAUUACUGAAGAAAUGCAAAGAACUUCAACAGCAAAAGUUAGCACUGGAAGAAAAGCAGGAUCAGCUAUAUGAUCAAAAUCAGCGGAUAAUGAGAGAUGUAAAUUAUUUUCAGAAGAAAGAUCAAAAAGCCCAGGAAAGUUUGGCUAUUUUCUCAAAAGAAAAAAGUAAUCUUAUUGCAACCUUAGGAUCUUUGGAAAAUAAAGUUUUAGUACUUCAAGAAGAAAAAAAGACAUUGGGAGAUGAUAUCUGCCAACUUAAAGAAGAAAAACAAUUGUUAGGAAAAGAGCUUGGAGAAAAACAGAAUGAGAUACAAAAAUUGAAAGAAAAUGAGAAGAUUGCAGUAUCAGAUAUGGAAGCUGUUCUUAGGAUGUUACAGUCAUUUAAAGAUGAAAAACUGAAUUCUGAUAAAACAUUACAUGUGGCACUGAGUUCUAAAAAAGUAUUGGAGAAAGAACUCCAGGAUGCCCAGUCAGACAGAGCUCAAGUUGAGGAAAAGCUUCUAACUGAACGUAAAAAUGCAAAAAUAGAAAGUGGAGUUUUGAAAACUACUUUAUCCAAUACUGAAAGAGAAUGCGAACGACUAAGAACCAUGAUAACUACCAUUACAGAAGACAACAAGGUUCUCAAGAAGCAGCUGAAUGUAUUUAAACAGGAAACCUAUGAAUGCAAGCAUAAAAUAAGACAACUGAGUGAAACAGUCUUACUAAAAGAAAAUGUAACACGUUCCAUAGAGAAUGAAAGAGAUGCACUAAGGUUUGAAGCACAGCGUCUUCAAAAGAACAAUGCUAACCUCAAAGAGCAAGUUACUACUUUGGCCAAUGAACAAUAUAAGCAAGAGUGCAAAUCCAGAAGCCAAAAGCAAAAUGAUUUCUCUAUAGAUUCUACUCAAAUUUGUGAAGAAAUAUCUAGGUAUCAACGUAUUUCUUUAAUGCGCGAUCUACCAGGCAGCUCCAGGCAAACUCCAUCAAUCAAUCCUUCAAUGACACUAUAA